AUGGAAAACCAAAACCGUCUGAAAAUGCGAAUCUCUCGCAUGUUCCGAUCCUCAUUCGGCUCCUGCAAAACCCGACAACAUGUAUCAGAUGUUAUGGAAAAACCACUCUUUGCACCCCUCCCCUCCAAAACUUUACUACCCUUUCACCCCAUUUCCAAACCCAAACCCUCUCCAAAAACCAUCGACGACAUGUCGUUUAACCUCCCUCAUUCUCAUUCUCAUUCUCUCCCACGUCGCAAAAUCUCCACUUGUUCAUCAUCACCAUUUCUCUGCGGUGCAAAUAGCAAUAACAACAUCCACAUAAAAUCAUCUCCACCACCCGUUUCACGAAACACUAUAUUCGACGAUGAACGCAACAACCUCGGUUUCUACGAAAAAACCAACGCUUCAUCAAAAACCGUCACGAACAAAACCAAAAAGAAAAAGAAGAAAAAGAGAAUCAAGAACAAGAAGAAAACCCAUACCCAGAAGAAAAACCGAACCUUCCCAUUCAAUUCAUGCGCCAAAGACACAAACUUUGACAGCUACUGGUGGUACAGCACCGACGAAGACGACGAAACCGACACACUCUUCUCCUCCAAGUCUCUCUCUUCCGACUCCUCCAAGUCUCGCCGCAGAAAAACCUCUCGCCGGAGAACCGACCGGAGUUCCGACAUGGGUGUACUUCCGUUGAACGGGAAAGUCAAAGACACCUUCGCAGUGGUGAAACGCUCUAGUGAUCCGUACAGUGACUUUAGAACUUCCAUGGUGGAGAUGAUCGUUGAGAAACAAAUAUUUUCACCGACUGAUUUGGAGAAUCUUUUACACUGCUUUCUGUCGCUGAAUUCGUAUCAUCAUCACAAGAUCAUUGUUGAAGUUUACACUGAGAUUUGGGAAGCACUUUUCUCUCACUCGCUUUGA